AUGAUAUCCACUACUGGCCGCAGCUAUGAAAAUGCAGCACGGCUUUACGACGUUAAGCUGGGCGACUGGUCAGGUCUAGAUAAUUCAUCAUACAUCCACGAACUUCUUGGAAUUGGCAUUUUGUUUAUGCGGGCCCUCCGUGAGCUGCGAUAUGUGCAUCGUAGACGCUUUCGCUUUUCUAAUGAGGAGCAUGACCCUGCUCUUUACUUCACACGCAAUAUGACCGUCAUUGAAUAUAUACACGGCCUGGUAUGCUUUGUUUAA